AUGGAGAAGGAUAUCACAGACGAGAUCGUUAUGAGCGAUCCCAGCCCAACAUCAACACCAACGCCGACACCACUCGAGAAGAAGAACCCCUUGGAAACAAUAACACCAGUCUCGGCCAACAGCAGCCUAACGGCUCUCGACCGGGUGGUUGAAGGACAAUCCACCGGCGAACCCACGACACUCGUUGUCACUUUUGCUCCCAAUGACCCUGAGAAUCCCCAUAACUGGUCCAAGGCCAAAAAACUCCUCAUCAUCCUUGCCGCAACCCUGGCCUCGACCAACUCGGGCUUCGGCUCCGCCCUCUGCUCCAACCUCAGCCCGCUUCUUGCACUCGAAUUCAACUUCCCCACGCCCGGUCCCCAAACGAUCCUCCCCACCUCGGUCUACCUGAUCGGCUUCAUCUUUGGUCCGCUCAUCUGCGCCCCCUUGUCGGAAACGUAUGGCCGUCGUCCCGUUUUGAUAACGGGCUUCUCCAUCUUCUUUUUGGCCACACUGGGAUGUGCAUUGAGCAACUCGUGGGCGCUGUUUUUGGUAAUGAGGCUGAUUGCGGGCACGGCGGGCGCGCCGCCCAUCAGCGUAGGUGGAGGCGUGGUGUCGGAUGUGUUUGCGGAUAAGGUUAUGCGGGGGAGGAUGAUGAUGAUUUGGAGUGCGAGUUCGUUUGUGGGGCCGUUGGGGGCGCCGAUUCUGGGCGGGUUCUUGGGGAGGAGUAAGGGGUGGAGAUGGGUUUUUUGGUUCGCGUUGAUGCUCGCUGGAGUCUCAUUCUGCGCGGUGGCCUUGAUGCCGGAGACGUUCCAUCCUAAACUGCUGAAGAUUAGGGCCGAGAAGCUGAACAAGCAGAUGGAAGCUGAAGGCAAGGCAAAGGGGGUGAGGUAUGUUGCCCCGGUUACUGGCGGGGGAAAUGCCGAUGGAGAGAAGAUGGGUGUUUUGAGGCAGCUUAGUAUCACGCUCUCGCGACCCAUUUUGUUGCUCUGCAACGAGCUCCUCCUCGGCUUGACAUGCCUCUACCUGGCUUUCGUCUAUGCCGUCUUUUACAUGAUGCUCAAGAUCGGCGGCACCAUCUGGAGCGGCACCUAUCACUUCUCGCCCGGCAUCGCUGGCGUGGCCUUUAUGACUAUGGGCUUGGGAACCAUCCUUGCCUGCUUCGUCAUCAUUUGGUACGACUCGUAUGGUCCCAAGUUUGCGGCCCGCCGUCCUGCCGAUCGCAAAUCCGAAUACCUGCGUUUGCCCGUUGCUUGCGUCGGCGGUCCGAUCUUUGUGAUCAGUCUGCUCUGGCUCGGCUGGACCAGCAGACAGAGUAUCCAUUGGGCGGUUCCCCUGGUGGCGACGGUGCCGUAUGGGUUUGCUUACCACAUGAUCUUUACUGCCAUGAUUAACUACGUGACGGAUGCCUACUCCCCGCUCAACUUUGCCGCCUCGGCCCUCGCAGCCUGCGGUACCACUCGGUCGAUUGCCGGUGCCCUUAUUCCCCUGGCGAUCGAUAACAUGCUCGCUGCCUUGGGAGUCGCAUGGGCCAUCACGGUGCUGGCUAUCGUCAGCGCCGUUUUGUGUCUGGUGCCAUUCGCCUUCAUCGUCUAUGCGGAUGCGAUCAGGGCUAGAAGUCCUUGCUCUCGACUGGGUGGUUUGACGGCGGAAGACCUCGGGGCGGAGUCGGAUGAGGAGGAGGUCGAAGAGGAGGUUGAGGAGGGAGGCAACAGGGAGGAUCUGGAGAAGGGAACUGGAGCUGCGCUUAAGCGGGAGAGGACGCAGAAGUCGCAGAGGACUGUGAGGAGUCACAGGAGCAGAAUGAGCAGGAGGAGCGGGAUGAGCAGGAGGAGUGGAAGGAGUAUAUUGGAGAUGAGCGGUGCGAACGAGGUGGGAAUGGGCGAGUUGACGAGGAGUUUGUCUGCUCUUUAA